UACAUACUUUAAACAUGGCUUACUGGAUUUAAAUAGAAUUUACAGGGAUAAAACGCUUGCAUACAAUUCUUAUAUAUUGCACUCUUGGAAAAUGGCUGCAAAAUACACAUAUUGCAGUGUUAUUCCUUUCUCUGUAUUCCUACUGUUCGGUUCAUUUCCAUCACAUUAUUGCUAUGCAGUUUAUAAUAUAACUCCAUCCCAACCAUUAUCUAAAGCACAAAUUCUCGUCUCCCCAAGCCAAAUAUUCGAGUUAGGAUUCUUCACUCCUAAUAAUUCUGGCAAUCAAUAUGUGGGCAUUUGGUACACUAAGCAAAUAUCUCCAAGUAAAGUAGUUGUAUGGAUAGCCAACAGAGAGAAUGCUCUAGCAGUCACAGACUCUGCUGCAACUUUAACAAUAGGCAGCAAUGGAAAUCUGAAUCUUGUGGAUGGGAAGGCAAACUCUGUCUGGUCAUCUGAUAUUACUUUCCCAUAUUCAAAUAAUUCAGUUGCAGUGCUUUUUGACAAUGGAAGCUUGGUUCUCAAAGACAGUAUAUCAGGACAAGUUCUAUGGCAGAGCUUUGAACAUCCUGGUAACGCAUUAUUACCCAAAGCAAAACGGUUUAAUGUUAGAACUGAUGAGAGAUAUGAGUUGACUUCCUGGAAAACUGAAACUGAUCCAUCAAUUGGAAACUUCAGGAUGGGACUUUCACAACAGAGGCCGUCACAAAUGUUCAUCUGGAAUGGAUCAAAUCCUCACUGGAGAAGUGGACCAUGGGACAAGAAUAAGUUCACUGGUCUGCCUCAAAUGGAUGCAUCGUAUCUAAGUGGAGUUAAUCUACAAGAAGAUGUAGAGCAAGGAUCGGCUACUUUCUCUAUUGACAUAUACUCCAACAUCUCUUUUAAUCUGUUCAUUUCAUCACAAGGUGUUGCGAAGGCUAUGAUGAAGAGCAAAGACACAGAUUGGAAUUCUAGUUGGGAAGCACCUUACAGUUCUUGCGACUCAUAUGGGGUGUGUGGUUCUUUUGCUGUAUGUAAAGCAUCUGAAUCUCCAAUUUGCAAGUGUAUGAAAGGUUUUGUACCAAAAUCAAAUGAGGAGUGGAAGAAAGGGAACUGGAAAGGAGGGUGCGUUAGACGAACUAAAUUACUUUGUGACGAAAGCACUGCUAAUAGCUCAUCUUCACCUAAAGGAAAGAAAGAUGGGUUUUGGAAAAAGGGUAUGGUGAAACUUCCUGACUUUCAUGAGUAUAUGCAGUUUGGAAACGCUGAAAGUUGCAAUGCAUGGUGCCAGAGUAAUUGUUCAUGCCUAGCUUUUACAUUUGUAAAUGGAAUAGGCUGUUUGGUAUGGUCAAAGGACCUUGUUGACAUUCAGGAGUUUUCCUAUGGUGGCCAAGAUCUUUUUCUUCGUCUUGCACAUACAGAACUAGAUGGGGGUAAGCAAAUCAAAAAGGUUAUCAUCAGUCUGGCAGCUAUUGGUGCUACUGGCAUUAUUGUAGGUGUCAUGUUUAUCGCUUGGUACAGGUGGAGAGCUAAUCAAAAGGGAAAAAUUAAGGAAACCGCAGAGCACUUCAAUUUGACCGAGAUGAAUGACAAUUCAAUAGACACUCUUCAAAGUGCAAGACGGCAAGAUCCAAACGAGCUAGCUAUUUUUAAUUUUGAUAGCAUAUUAGUUGCUACAAAUGACUUCAACGUAACAAAUAAACUUGGUCAAGGAGGUUUUGGACCUGUUUACAAGGGAAUACUACAUGAUGGAAAGGAAGUAGCAAUUAAAAGGCUAUCUAGUAGCUCAGGACAGGGCAUUAAAGAGUUCAAGAAUGAGUUGACUUUGAUCUCCAAACUCCAGCACAGAAAUCUUGUUACGGUUAUGGGUUGCUGCAUACACAAAGAAGAGAAGUUGUUAAUUUAUGAGUUCAUGCCCAACAAAAGCUUGGAUUUCUUUCUCUUUGACCGAAGAAGAAGAUCAGAACUAAAUUGGGCUAGACGCUUCAACAUUAUCCAUGGUGUUGCUAAAGGCCUUGUAUAUCUCCAUCGGGAUUCAUGUUUAAGGAUAAUACAUCGAGAUUUAAAGGCCAGCAAUAUUCUUUUGGGUGGGAAGAUGAAUCCGAAGAUAUCAGAUUUUGGAUUGGCAAGGAUUUUUCAAGAAACAAGAGAUCUAGCUAACACUCGUAGGGUCGUGGGAACACUUGGUUAUAUGUCUCCAGAGUACGCAAUGGGAGGAAUAUUUUCUGAGAAAUCCGAUGUGUAUAGCUUUGGGGUGCUGUUGUUAGAGAUAGUUAGCGGCAAGAAGAGUAACGGCUUUGAUCAUCGUGACCAACAACUAAGCCUAAUAGCAUAUGCAUGGCAAUUGUGGAGUGAAAACAGGGCACUGGACUUGGUGGAUGAAACAAUAUUAGCUGAUGACUCGUAUUCUACAUCAGAAGUGGCGAGAUGCAUAGAUAUUGGGCUUCUUUGUGCACAGGAUCAUCCCAUGGAUAGGCCAACCAUGCCAGAGGUUGUGGUCCUUCUAAGCAAUGAAACAGAUCGUCCAAAACCCAAACGUCCUUAGUUUUACUUUGAAAGCUUAUUGAAAUCAUGUGAUCUUCAACCACAAAAUGGUUUUGAAUAUUGCUCCACAAAUGAAGAUACCAUUUCGAUGAUUGAAGGGCGCUAAGCUUCUUCUGUUUUUCCCUUAUUGGUUAUAAAGUCCAUGUGGAAGUAAGAGGAGUUCCACUGGUCUGGAGGCAAAUAUUGCCUGUUAUUAUUUGAGCGUAUUAUAAUUAAAGGACUGGUAUGCAAAUGUCUGAGCAAUUAAUUAAAUGACUUAUGAAUUUGCAAAGUUGGAAAAUUGACUUCAUCAGCUAGUUUCGGUGACUUUAUCUCCGUUCCUGGAGUAAUGGAGGAUGCCCUCUUCAGGGAAUUAUGAUAAAGCAAAGCCAUAUGCAUUGAUUUUUGUAACUGUUAUGUUGUGUUGAGCACAUUUUGGGUCCUUUCCAUAUCAACUUUAGCCCGAGGAAAUCGGCUACUUAAAGUUUGUAUAUAAACCUUAGAAAUUUUCUUUAAUCAUCAGGCAACUGGCUGUAUUUCCAAGUUUUAAUUGCUUUAAUUUGAUUGUU